GUCAGUUGCAGUGUUGUUCUCCACUACGCCUCACCUCCCUCCGGCUCCGCUCUGUGCAGGCAGGCCCCAGACCCCAAGGCCCACACCACACCUCUCUCCUAGGCAGAAGCAGAACGUGUCUGUAGGAAUAAGAAAGUAUGGGCGCCUACGAGUCCAACCUGGACGAUAUCCUGGCAGAGGACAUGCACCACUGGUACAACAAGUUUAUGAAAGAGUCUCCUUCGGGACUCAUCACGUUGUUUGAGCUGAAGACGAUGUUGGAGAUGCAGGGGAUGACAGAAGAAGCUAGCAGCUACGUGGACCAGGUCUUCUUUACCUUCGACAUGGACGGGGAUGGAUAUAUAGACUUCGUAGAGUACAUAGCAGCAGUCAGUCUGAUGCUGAAAGGAGAAAUCAACCAGAAACUGAAAUGGUAUUUCAAACUUUUCGAUCAGGACGGAAACGGCAAGAUUGACCAAGAUGAAAUGGGGACAAUAUUCAAGGCUAUCCAGGACAUCACCAGAUGUUAUGACCCUCCUACGGAGGAGAUUGUGACCCUCAUCUAUGAGAAGGUUGACAUAAAUAACGAAGGUGAGUUGACUCUGGAGGAGUUUAUCGAAGGAGCCAGGGACCACCAAGACAUCAUGGAGAUGUUGGGAAAGAUGAUGGACCUCACCAACGUUCUAAAGAUCAUUGUCAACGGACAGAAAAAGCAGGUCAAAUCACCCGAAUGAGGAUGACGUCACUUCCUGUUGCACUUCCUGUUUGAUGGACUCAGAAUUUAGGUUGUUGAGAAAGAAUAGGAUUGUUUUGGGACGGAAAGCAAUUAUAGUGGAAUGUUUAAUAUAUAAUAUAUGGAGGAAAUGUAUAAAAGAACAAACGACGAACUUGAGCAUCUUGAUGAGAAGGUGAAUAUACCACAUGAAUGGGAGGGGAGCCAUGUCCCAAAUCUCCAUCGACCAAGAAGACUGAGUUGAUGUAAGGACAAUGGAACCAUGCCAGGAGGUCAUGUGACCCGUCUUGCCUACUCUAUGUUCUCUAUUUCUACAUCCCGAUUGUCUUUUCACCCUUUUCCCAAAGUCCCAUCAUAGAUUUAACCACGGUGGAAACCCUCUAGGCAAUGAUUACACCAAUUAAAUACUUUGAGAUCAAAUGACAGGAAGUGUGGAAGUGCAAGUGUAGAGAAUUGGGAUGCAGCCUAUAUGUUCUCUCUGUGUGUAUUACUUGAGUAUCCUCCUCCUCUCACUGUCACCACGGCUCUCUCUAGUCCUCCUUCUCCUGCUCCUAGUCUCACAGUCACCACAGCUCUCUCUAGUCCUCCUUCUCCUGCUCCUAGUCUCACAGUCACCACAGCUCUCUCUGGUCCUCCUCCUGCUCUCACAGUCACCACAGCUUUCUCUAGUACUCCUCCUCUCACUGUCACCACAGCUCUCUCUAGUCCUCCUUCUCCCCUCACAGUCACCACAGCGCUCUCUAGUCCUCCUCCUGCACUGUCACCACAGCUCUCUCUAGUCCUCCUCAUCUCAGUCACCACAGCUUUCUCUAGUCCUCCUCCUGCUCUCACAGUCACCACAGCUCUCUUUAGUCCUCCUCAUCUCAGUCACCACAGCUCUCUCUAGUCCUCCUAAUCUCAGUCACCACAGUUUUCUCUAGUACUCCUGCUCUCACAGUCACCACAGCUCUCUCUAGUCCUCCUCAUCUCAGUCACCACAGCUCUAUCUAUUCCUCCUCAUCUCAGUCACCACAGCUCUCUCUAGUACUCCUGCUCUCUCAGUCACCACAGCUCUCUCUAGUCCUCCUCAUCUCAGUCACCACAGCUUUCUCUAGAACUCCUGCUCUCACAGUCACCACAUCUCUCUCUAGUCUUCCUCCUGCACUGUCACCACAGCUCUCUCUAGUCCUCCUCCUGCUCUCACAGUCACCACAGCUCUCCUUAGUCCUCCUCAUCUCAGUCACCACAGCUUUCUCUAGUACUCCUCCUCUCACAGUCACCACAUCUCUCUCUAGUCUUCCUCCUGCACUGUCACCACAGCUCUCUCUAGUCCUCCUCCUGCUCUCACAGUCACCACAGCUCUCUCUAGUCCUCCUCUUGCUCUGUCACCACAGCUCUCUCUAGUCCUACUCCUGCUCUCACAGUCACCACAGCUCUCUCUAGUCCUCCUCAUGCCUUCAGUCACCACAGCUCUCUUUAGUCCUCCUCCUCUCAGUCACCACAGCUCUCUCUAGUCCUCCUCCUGAUCCUCCUCUCAGUCACCACAGCUCUCUCUAGUCCUCCUCCUGCUCUCACAGUCACCACAGCUCUCUCUAGUCCUCCUCCUGCUCUCACAGUCACCACAGCUCUCUUUAGUCCUCCUCCUCUCAGUCACCACAGCUCUCUCUAGUCCUCCUCCUGAUCCUCCUCUCACAGUCACCACAGCUCUCUCUAGUCCUCCCCCUCCUCUCACAGUCACCACAGCUCUCUCUAGUCCUCCUGAUCCUCCUCUCAUAGUCACCCCAGCUCUCUCUAGUCCUCCUCCUGCUCUCACAGUCACCACAGCUCUCUCUAGUCCUCCUCCUGCUCUCAGUCACCACAGCUCUCUCUAGUCCUCCUCCUGCUCUGUCACCACAGCUCUCUCUAGUCCUCCUGCUCUCACAGUCACCACAGCUCUCUCUAGUCCUCCUCAUGCUCUCAGUCACCACAGCUCUCUCUAGUCCUCCUCCUCUCAGUCACCACAGCUCUCUCUAGUCCUCCUCCCUGAUCCUCCUCUCAUAGUCACCCCAGCUCUCUCUAGUCCUCCUCCUGCUCUCACAGUCACCACAGCUCUCUUUAGUCCUCCUCCUCUCAGUCACCACAGCUCUCUCUAGUCCUCCUCCUGAUCCUGCUCUCACAGUCACCACAGCUAUCUCUAGUCCUCCCCCUGAUCCUGCUCUCACAGUCACCACAGCUCUCUCUAGUCCUCCCCCUCCUCUCACAGUCACCACAGCUCUCUUUAGUCCUCCUCUUCUCAGUCACCACAGCUCUCUCUAGUCCUCCUCCUGAUCCUCCUCUCAUAGUCACCCCAGCUCUCUCUAGUCCUCCUCCUGCUCUCACAGUCACCACAGCUCUCUCUAGUCCUCCUCCUGAUCUGUCACCACAGCUCUCUCUAGUCCUCCUCCUGCUCUGUCACCACAGCUCUCUCUAGUCCUCCUGCUCUCACAGUCACCACAGCUCUCUCUAGUCCUCCUCAUGCUCUCAGUCACCACAGCUCUCUCUAGUCCUCCCCCUCCUCUCACAGUCACCACAGCUCUCUCUAGUCCUCCUGAUCCUCCUCUCAUAGUCACCCCAGCUCUCUCUAGUCCUCAUCCUGCUCUCACAGUCACCACAGCUCUCUCUAAUCCUCCUCCUCCUCUAACAGUCACCACAGCUCUCUCUAAUCCUCCCCCUCCUCUCACAGUCACCACAGCUCUCUCUAGUCCUCCUGCUCCUGCUCUCACAGUCACCACAGCUCUCUUUAGUCCUCCUCCAUCUCUCACAGUCACCACAGUUCUCUCUAGUCCUCCUCAUCUCAAUCACCACAGCUCUCUCUAAUCCUCCUCUAACAGUCACCACAGCUCUCUCUAGUCUUCCUCCUGCUCUCACAGUCACCACAGCUCUCUAGUCCUCCUCCAUCUCUCACAGUCACCACAGUUCUCUCUAGUCCUCCUCAUCUCAAUCACCACAGCUCUCUCUAAUCCUCCUGCUCCUCUAACAGUCACCACAGCUCUCUCUCUAGUCUUCCUCCUGCUCUCACAGUCACCACAGUUCUCUCUAGUCCUCCUCAUCUCAAUCACCACAGCUCUCUCUAAUCCUCCUCCUCCUCUAACAGUCACCACAGCUCUCUCUAAUCCUCCUCCUCCUCUAACAGUCACCACAGCUCUCUCUAGUCUUCCUCCUGCUCUCACAGUCACCACAGCUCUCUCUAGUCUUCCUCCUGCUCUCACAGUCACCACAGCUCUCUCUAGUCCUCCUCCUCCUGCUCCUCCUCUAACAGUCCCCACAGCUCUCUCUAGUCUUCCUCCUGCUCUCACAGUCACCACAGCUCUCUCUAGUCCUCCUCCUGAUCCUCCUCUCUCAGUCACCACAGCUCUCUCUAGUCCUCCUCCUCUAACAGUCACCACAGCUCUCGCUAGUCUUCGUCCUGCUCUCACAGUCACCACAGCUCUCUUUAGUCCUCCUCCUGCUCUCACGAUCGCCACAGCUCUCUUUAGUCCUCCUCCUCUCAGUCACCACAGCUCUCUUUAGUCCUCCUCACAGUCACCACAGCUCUCUUUAGUCCUCCUCCUCUCAGUCACCACAGCUCUCUCUAAUCCUCCUAUGUAACGGUCUUAAAACACACUUUGUCACCAACUGAUACAUUGUUCUUAGAGGUCUUUUAAGAGAGGAUGUAUAAGUGCUGUUGUCAGAAGCAAGCCCUUAUACCAUAAACAGACGGGUAUUGAACUUUAGGGGCGUUCUCUGGCUGGUGACUAGGAUUCUAUGCAUUCCUAUUUGUAUUCAGGCUAAAAUAUUUAAAGAAACUGAAUAUAUGUAUUGUAUAUCCUCUUAUUCUAAAUAAAUGGAAUGGAUUUGUUGUUUUUCAAAACAAUUAUGGAACGUUAUAGAUAUUUAUAAUCAUAAGCAAAUGUUUGAGAAAAAAUAUAUUUUCACAAAGUAAAAACGUCCAGGUUUCUGAGUCACUAAAAAUGUUUCAUAGUGUGUUUUAGACUGGAUGUUGAAAGUGACCCUACAUUCGAAAUGCACACGUGUCCCUUGGGUUGGGACUGAUCUCAACAUUAGACUACUUUUGGGGUUCUGAAAACCCAACCCUUCUUUUGUGUUGUUUUUGUACCAUCAUCAUUGAAAUGCAAGAGAAAUUCUAUAAUGUAUAUUUCAGCCCAGGUGCAAUAUGCAUUUUGGCCACUAGAUGACAGCAAUGUAUGUGCAAGGUUUAAGACUGAUUCAAUGAGCCAUUGCAUUUCUGUUCAAAAUGUUGUAUCGAGACUGCCCAAAUAUGCCUAAUUUGUUUGUUAAUAACUUUUUAUGUUCAAAAUUGUGCACUCUCUUCUCCUUUCACUGUAAUAGCUACUGUAAAUUGGACAGUGAAGUUAGAUUAACAAGAAUUUAAGCUUUCUGACAAUAUCAGAUAUGUCUAUGUCCUGGGAUUUUUUUUUGAGACUUACAACCUCGCAUUAGCCUACGUUAGCUCAACCGUCCCGUGGAAGGGGACACUGAUCCCGAAUAAAUUUUGAAACAUGUUUUUUGGGGUUGCCUUAACAAUUUUAUCAAUACAGUCAUUCUGAAUAAACAUACCGAUUUCCUGUUGAUUAAAUAAAGGAAGUGGUUCAACA